AUGUUUGGCGCAUUCAGACCGUCGAUUAUAGCACAAGGAGGUUUACUAUGGAAGAACCCAUUCCGCAUGUCAACUACGAGAAAAGCCAAUCUUCGUAAGAGAUUAAAGGAUGUCGACAAUGUUAUUUCAACUGUAGCUGAUUCUGGAGUGCAAUGCAAGGCUCUUGAUAGAGCACUUGCACUACCCAAAGAAUCAGAAAUGCUUCCGAGAGAAAAGUAUACUGUCUUCACUCGUACUGGCAAGAACUAUCGUAAAUCAAUCCAUAAAGUACCAAAAUUUACAAAAACUACAAACAGAACAAGUCCUCGUGGUUUUUAG